CAGCAAUCCUAACAAACCAUCAGUGCUUCACAUGCUUGUCUCGUCCGUUACGAUUAGAGAAGGGGAACAAUUGGAAGUGCAUGGGUAGGCCAAAAGCAUCAGCAUCAACUCACCCAAGCCUGAGCUCCUCAUCCCAAUCCACUGUCGACGUGUCUCCUUCUGUGUCAAGGGCGGUGGCUGUGAGGCUGGUCGCUUCGCCCAUCUAAUUGGAGGUGGCUUUCCGAGUUCGCAUACCACAUCCAUGUCAGGUUUCGCGGACUUCGAUGCCGGUCAUCGUGACUUGGUAUCAGUGACAAAGUUCAAUUUCUAUGGCAAUCGCAUCCUAACAGCCUCAACCGACCAUCGCAUGAAGGUCUGGGAUCAGAAAGAUGGAGAAUGGCGACUAGUAGAUACAUGGCGCGCCCAUGACGCGGAGAUCCGCGAUGCGACUUGGAAUGGCCCUUUUACUGGCCAGCACAUCGGCAGCGUGGGCGAAGAUAUGAAAUGCAAGAUAUGGCAAGAAGAUGUUACGCAGCCUCUCAACUCGGGCCGGCGUUUCAGGUCCAUAUUUCGCAUGACGGCGCCGCAGCGCCACCCGUUCGUCUCCAUUGACUUUCGCAAUAUCGAUCUUGAAUCGUGGCUCGCAGUGAUCACGCGUGACGGAUAUCUCAUGGUUAUGGAGCCGGUCAGCCCGGAUACCCUUGCCGAUUGGCAGCCCUUGGACCAAUUCCGUGUCUGUAGUGCGCCCCAGAGAGGCGAGGAAACGAGCUUCAGGGUCCAGUUUCAUCAUGAUCCCACGGAUAUCACUCAUUCAGUUUCGCCUUCCUGGGACAGAAAAAGCCUGUCCCUCGUGGUGGCUGCUAUGGACAGUGUCAAAGUGUACCGUACUGAUGCCAAUCGUCGCUUCUACCAUGCGGUCGAAUUGAGUGGCCAUGGGGGUCUGGUCCGAGACAUUUCCUGGGCUAAUGGCUCGGUUCGCGGAUACGAUCUCAUUGCGAGCGGCUGCAAAGACGGGUUCAUCAGGGUUUUUGAGGUUUACACAUCCCCCUCCGACACCAAGACCAAGAAGCAAAAUGGCAGUCAUUCUCGGUCGGCCUCGCAGUCACUCUCAGUGCGCACGCAGGCCCAGUCAGGAAUUGGAUCGGCGCUGGCGAAUCAUGCUCCCGCCUCUCUAUCCGAUCGCGCGGCGACUGACGAUUCUAAUUUCAAACAUUCGUACAGGGAAGUCGCAUGCAUUGAUAGCAAACACCUUGAUGUGUGGCAAGUGGGCUUUUCAUACGCCGGUAAGUACUCCUCUCCUUCCUGGUUCAACAGUCCAACGCAAAGGCGUAACCGAGUCGAAUGUUUUAUAGGUGAUUGCCUCAUUUCUUCUGGCGACGAUGGUGCCGUGCGCUUCUGGAAAAAGUCUCUUUCAGGGCAAUGGCUCGAGUAUGCAGAGACUGAUAUGACUACUCAGUGAAUUGUAUCUCAGCUUGAGAAUCGAGGUUGAUCUGGCUUAUGAGAGUGCAGUAAGGCAUUAACUUAUACUAGUAACUGCGUUGCGGUUGUCUUGCCUGUCAUCUGUGGUGUUACUAGGCCCCAUGUUCUCUUCUGUUCUCCAAGUUCCGUCUUUCAAGUUCCCUCUUCGGAUGGCGUUUUUAAAUGGAUCACAUUUUGGAGGGAAAGGGGUGGCAUAGACCAUUGCUCUACAUCUGCUUAAUAUCUGGUCUCUCC